AAUGCAAGCCUGAGCUCUCCAGCUGCUGCCAUAAGGCUGCGGCAGUGUGGGCUCCUUGUGCCCAGAUCCUUCGUAUUCACAGGGAGAAGCGGAAGACCACGCUGCCUGACCAAGACUUUAUUAUAGAGGCUCAGGAAAAAGAUGAACUGGUCCCAUUCCUGCAUCUCCUUUUGCUGGAUUUACUUUGCUGCUUCCAGACUGAGAGCUGUGGAGACAGCAGAUGGAAAAUAUGCUCAGAAGUUGUUUAAUGACCUUUUUGAAGAUUAUUCCAAUGCUCUUCGUCCAGUGGAAGAUACAGAUAAAGUCCUGAAUGUCACGCUGCAGAUUACGCUCUCUCAGAUUAAGGAUAUGGAUGAAAGAAACCAAAUUCUGACCGCCUAUUUGUGGAUCCGCCAAAUCUGGCACGAUGCCUAUCUCACGUGGGACCGAGAUCAGUACGAUGGCCUAGACUCCAUCAGGAUCCCCAGUGACCUCGUGUGGAGGCCGGACAUCGUCUUAUAUAACAAGGCUGACGAUGAAUCUUCAGAGCCUGUGAACACCAAUGUGGUCCUGCGGUAUGAUGGGCUGAUCACCUGGGAUGCACCGGCCAUCACCAAAAGCUCCUGUGUGGUGGAUGUCACUUACUUCCCUUUUGACAACCAGCAGUGCAACCUGACUUUUGGUUCCUGGACCUACAAUGGCAAUCAGGUAGACAUAUUCAAUGCCCUGGACAGCGGAGAUCUCUCUGACUUCAUUGAAGAUGUGGAAUGGGAGGUCCAUGGCAUGCCUGCUGUGAAGAAUGUGAUCUCCUAUGGCUGCUGCUCUGAGCCUUACCCAGAUGUCACAUUCACCCUCCUUCUGAAGAGGAGGUCCUCAUUCUAUAUCGUCAACCUCCUCAUCCCAUGUGUCCUCAUAUCUUUUCUGGCUCCUCUGAGUUUUUAUCUCCCAGCAGCCUCUGGAGAAAAGGUCUCCCUGGGAGUGACCAUCCUGUUGGCCAUGACUGUAUUUCAACUAAUGGUGGCAGAAAUCAUGCCGGCCUCAGAAAAUGUUCCCCUGAUAGGUAAAUACUACAUAGCUACGAUGGCCCUGAUCACGGCCUCCACUGCCUUGACCAUCAUGGUGAUGAAUAUCCACUUCUGUGGGGCCGAGGCCCGGCCGGUGCCACACUGGGCCAGGGUGGUCAUCCUGAAAUACAUGUCCAGGGUCUUGUUUGUCUAUGAUGUGGGUGAGAGCUGCCUCAGCCCGCACCACAGUAGAGAGCGGGACCACCUCACAAAAGUUUAUAGCCAACUCCCAGAGUCUAACCUGAAAACGGCCAGGAACAAAGACCUUUCCAGAAAGAAGGACAUGAACAAACGCUUAAAGAACGACCUGGGCUGCCAGGGUGAGAACCCUCAGGAGGCCGAGAGUUACUGUGCACAGUACAAAGUGCUGACGAGGAAUAUUGAGUACAUCGCCAAGUGCCUCAAAGACCACAAGGCCACCAAUUCCAAAGGGAGUGAAUGGAAGAAGGUGGCGAAAGUCAUAGACCGAUUCUUCAUGUGGAUUUUUUUCAUUAUGGUGCUUGUGAUGACUAUUUUGAUCAUAGCAAGAGCGGAUUAGUCACAGAUAUUGGCUUUGCUAUCUCAGUAGAAAUUAAUACAAUUCCCUGUGAUCUAUUCCAGUGUUCUUCCAAGAUUUUUGUUCAUCUAUAAUUUAGGGGUUAUGUCGUCUGUGCAUUUUAUUUUUAACCUCAAAUCAAUGUCGAAGUUAUCUGCCCUGUCAAAUUAAGCAGGAGAUCCAAAAUUUCAAGGGUAGGAAGAUGGAAGAAAUAGGGAAAGAGACCUUUUAUAGCCCACCAUAGCGGUGGUGACUGGCCUCUAGUUUAUACAAUUAUUCACCUCUUUGGCAGUACAGAUAACAAAAUACACUUUCCUGGUAAAAUUUAAAACAAAAAGGCAAAACAAACCAAACUCAUUUUCCCCUUAGUUCCCCUUAAACCAUACUUUAAAAAAUGAAAUAGUCAUAUAUAUGUUAGUGUGAUUUAAGUCUCAAUGGUACCUUAUUCAGGCAUAGUGCAUUUGAAGUCAUAUCUCUAAUAGUGGAAUAAAAGGUUUUGUUCCAUGUGAAGAAAGUCUAAGCAUCAGCUGUUUAAUGGGGAAAGAGCUUGCUUCAUAAUGGUGAUGUUGUAUAUGUUGGUUAUGUUUUAUAUAAACCCAAAAGAUGAAGUCAUUCCUGCAUUUACCCUUUGAUUAAAAUAUGAUAGAUGAGGUUGUUCCUGUCUUGUAUCAAAAUAAGGUGGUUAGCAA